CUCACUAAAGACCCCUUUUAACAAUGCUUGUUGUAGGGGAAUAUUUUUUUAUUAAGCUGUUAAAACUCUCAAUAGAAGCAAUAGUGUUUUGAAUAAAUUGUGGCUUUGAUGUGCUAUAUGUUCGCUGCGGUGGCUGAUGUCAUGGGUUUGUUGCUUAGAUUGAAACUGACUGGAAAAAAAUGGCCAUGUCUUGGAAAAGGAUGUAUGUGUGUGUGUGUGUGUGUGUGUGUGUGUGUGUGUGUGACUUCUGGUGACCCUCUUCGACAAUAACAUCUUCUGUCUCGGUCUCGCUGGGAGAGAUUAGCAACACAUGAACUCGCAGUCCCAUGAUGCUUUUUUCAUUUGCUUCCUACCUAUUCAUCACCAUAACACUCUCCUAUCACGGCAUUGUGCGGUGGAUGCCGUCCUUCGCACAUUGUUAUGCUAAUGUGUCGCCCUGUGUCUUGCUGCAAGCUAAUGCUAUGUUAUGCUAAUGUUGUGUCAUGCCAAUGUCACGAUAUAGUGAGAUUCUCCAUUAUACUAGAAUUUUGUUGUCUGUUUUUCUUUACUAAAGCCAUCAUAAGUUUUCAUGCAAUUCCCCACUGAAUACAACAUCUUUGUGUUUUCCGUAUUUUAUUGUUAUUUUAAGAGACAAAUGGUUAAAAAGCAACCAUCAAAUGCCAUGUAAAAUGCUAACUAGCUGUAUCUACUGGUGUGGUAUAUCAUGAAGCAAGCUUAUUUUUCCAGGCAGUUUUCAGAGAGUUUUCAUAUUGCAGAAAGGUACAGAGUAACUCUGUGGCAUUUCUUAAUUGUCUCAAGAAGGUAACAGUUUUACAGACUGUGCUGAAACUCAACACACAUCUCAACACAACUGGCCUGUAAGCGUUUCCUAACCUUGACCUCAAGUCACACUUUUAUGGCCAUGCUGUUGUCUGACAACAGUAACAAAGGAAAACGCUCAGCAUAAACAGGUCCAACUUGCAAGGCUGCAGCCUAUAUUAAUGGGCUACUCAUUGUCUUGUCUGCCAGAUUUUUUCAAAAAUAGCGUGAUAAUUCAGAGGUGUUUAUCAGCUGAGUACCAGCUGAUAAACCCGGUGUUCCUGUUCCCACAAGAACAGGAACACACGCAUAACUGUUUUUUUUUUUUGGUUUUUUUUAAUGGGGGAAAGAACCCACUUUUUCUGUGUGUGAUGAUAGUUUAUAAUACUGACCCAUUGUUUCUUUGUCGGAUGUUUCCACAGGAUGACAGUGAUGGGAUCCCGUGGUCGGAGGAGCGGGUGAUGCGGAAGGUGCUUUACCUCUCCCUAAAGGAGUUUAGGACUGCACAGAAACGGCAGCUGGAUGGUGACGGCACCACAAACUCCAAUGGUUCCCUAGCCAAUGGGCAGCUGAACAGCUCGGGGUCAAAGGGCAGCCACAAAGAAGAUGGGUCCUUGCGCUCUCAGAGCCUGGAUGGGAGCAGUGAGUACUGUGAGGACGGUCCUGCUAAGAAGAGACCGCGGCUCCAGGCCCAGAGGAAGUUUGCCCAGUCGCAGCCUAACUCACCCAGCACUACGCCCGUCAAGGUGGCUGAACCAAGCAGCCUGAACACCGGCCAGGCCACCGUGCCCUCCUCCCUCUCGUCACUCUCCUCCUCAUCCCUGUCCUCCUCUAUUCAGGACCUGUCCAGACGCAAGCCCAAGACAGAGGACUUCCUCACCUUCCUCUGCCUCAGAGGUUCAUCGGCCCUGCCCAGCAACAUGGCCUACUUUGGAAGCUCCCAGGAGGAGGAGGACCUAGAGGAGGACGAGGAGGAGGAGGAGGAGGAGGUGAGGAACGGAGGUGGUACUCACUCCCACGGUGGGGCGAGCAGCAGCCAAGCCUCAGCCUCCUCCUCCUGCCACUCGACACCCCGCAAGGGCAAGCUCCCCGCCAGGCAGCCACUCAAUGGGCACGUGUUCAACAGCCACGGUAAAGCAGGGACAAGGGAGAGUCCGAGGCCCAAGGCUGGGACUCACGGCAGGGACGCGCCUGCCCCGCCACUGCCACCUCCUCCGCCUCCACCUCCGCCCCUCCUGAGGGAGCGCAGCGAGCGGGCAGAGGCACGGGAGCACGCUAGGGUGCAGCAGGCCAUGGCCAGCGGUCGAGGCUCAGCCAACGGGCUGCCGUCGAGGAGAGCUGCCGAGGAGCUUCGCAAGCAGGUCUCUAAAGUGAACGGGCUGACGCGGGCGGGCUCGGCACAAGCCGUCAGUGGUGCCAAGAAGAGCCGCGACUUCCGAUUGCCGUCCAAAACUGUGAAGAAGUACACAGCCACCGUGUCCAAGGGCCAUGUCACCUACACCAAAGCCAAACAGAAAGAACUAGGCAAGAAAACCAAACUCAGCAGCAGCAACAAACACAACAGCGCCGCCUCGGCAUCAUCGUCAGCGAACAAUCACAAUCAGCACAGCCAGCCAGCAGCCAGCAAUGGGCUGGCCAACUCAGGAAAAGCAGUGGCACCAGCCCACCACAGCAAUGCAAAAACCCGCAAACAGGUGCUACUAUCCAAUGGCCUGCACAAUGUUGGCGUCCGCCUCAAUGGCAGGCUAAAUGGGCAGCGGCACAACACCCUGGCCAAGGAGGACGGGCAGAGACAGUGCCAGCAGGGCCAGGGGGAGUGCCCAGGUCGAGAGGGACUGCGUAACUCCAAGCGGCGUCUGGAGGUGGUGCUCAAUUCAGUGGGGACAGGGGCUGUUGAGCAAAAGGCCAAAACCCCCGGCACUGAGGCCAAGAAGGCCAAGCUUCAACCCACGCCUCUGGAGACGCGCAGCAGCAGCAAGAAGGUAGCCAAUCAAGAAAAAGCUGCCACGCAAACUACCACCCCUACCACUCCAGUUUCUAAUGGACAUGUAUCAGAAACACCCUCUUCUCCCACACAAACUCCACCCGCUACUCCACUUCCACCUCCUACUCCCCCACCUCAACAAACCCCGCCUUCUUCUAUACCAGCAGCCAAUGUGGAGCCGGUGAACCAGCGACCUAAGCGGGCAUCGGCCGGCAAGCUGAUGUUGAUCCGACAAGCACAGCAGCAGCAGAGCAGGUCUCAUAGUCGGAGCUCCUGCUCUUCCUCCCCUUCAUCAGGCCAGAAUCACCCACAGAUCCCGAGUCGCGCAAGCACUACCUCAGACCCCCAACAAACCUCUGUCUCCUCCUCCACCACCACUUCCUCUCUGCUUACUUCCACCAACAGCCCCGGACAGCUCAAACCAGCAGCACUGCGGCCUGCUGACCGUGACAAGGAGUGGGAGCGUGAGAAAGAGAUUGUGCGCCAGAAGGAGCGCGAGCAGGAGAAGGAGUGGGAUUGGCAGCGGAGCAGGCCAGAGGGCUGGGCAGCGCUGGGUGAAGUCCCCGUCUUCCGGCCAACGCCGCGGGAGUUCCAGGACCCCCUGGUGUACUUGGAUGCGGUGAGGGAACAGGCCGAAGCGGCUGGCAUGUGCCGCGUGGUGCCACCAUCAGACUGGCGGCCGGAGUGCAAGCUGAGCGAGGAGAUGCGUUUUGUUACACAGGCGCAGAGGGUCCACAUGCUGGGACGGCGCUGGGGCCCCAAUGUGCAGCGGCUGGCCUGCAUCCGGAAGCACCUCAAAUCUCAGGGCAUUACCAUGGAUGAGCCACCUGUCAUUGGUGGCUGUGAAGUGGACCUGGCACGUUUUUUCCAGCUCAUCAAUGACAUGGGCGGCAUGCAGCAGGUGAUGGACCUGAAGAAGUGGACCAAGCUGGCCGACCUUCUGCGCAUCCCCAAGUCAGCACAGGACCGGCUGGCCAAGCUGCAAGAGGCUUACCUCCAGUACGUGCUCUCCUAUGACUCACUCACCUCCGAGGAGCGCAUCCGACUGCAGGCCGAGGUGCUGCAGGAGAAAAAGCAGUUGGAGUCGCGUCGGGGACCUCUGGAGGGUCUCUUGGACUCCUCAGCACCUACCGCGCUAGUGCUGCCACGCUAUGAGCCCAAGAAUGGGCUUGUAGGUGGGGUGGUAGGAGGGGCAACAGGGAACCACCGCACCAAUGGAGUGUAUCAUCGUCUGAAGGAGUUGGAGGCUCAGGUCAAAGCGGGCCGGCGCCGGCUCUUCGCUCAGGAAAAACAAGGCAAAGAGGACAGGCAGCAUGGGGAGGAGCAGGAGGAGGAGGAGAGGGGUAUUCUCGGUGACCAGCACAAAUGUAUUUACAAGGUGAGGAUGAAGAAGACAUUUGCUGUUAAUGGCACACAUUUGAAGCAUACAGACAAGAGGCACGGGAAAUCGGUGUCUUUGACGAACUUCUUCAGGAUAGCCCGGAACACCAUGACCAUGUGCUUUAACAAGGAACCAGGGGCUGCUGAGGUCGAGCAAGAGUACUGGAGGAUUGUGGAGCAGAGAGACAGCCACGUGGCAGUGCAUUGUGGGAAGGUGGACACCAGUACACAUGGGAGUGGUUUCCCCACAGGAAAGUCAGAGCCAUUUUCAAAACAUGGAUGGAACCUCACUGUCCUCCCCAAUAACUCUGGAUCCAUUCUGAGGCAUCUGGGUGCUGUGCCUGGGGUGACCAUUCCCUGGCUAAACAUUGGCAUGGUCUUUUCUACCUCAUGCUGGUCUCGAGACCAAAAUCGCCUUCCAUAUAUUGAUUACUUACACACUGGUGCUGAUUGCAUUUGGUAUUCUGUCCCUGCUGAGGAGAAGGCUAAGCUGGACAAGGUGGUCCAUACACUGCUUCAGGCCAAUGGCACCCCAGGACUAGAAAUGUUGGAGAAGAACAUCAUGAUCUCUCCAGAGGUGCUGUGCCGCGAAGGCAUCAAGGUUUACCGCACGGUGCAGAGGAGCGGCCAGUUUGUGGUCUGCUUCCCCGGUGCCUUUGUCGCUAAAGUGUGCUGUGGCUACUGCGUGUCAGAGACGGUGCACUUUGCCACACCGCACUGGAUGAACCUGGGUUACCAGGCCGCAAAGGACCUGAAAUGUCGUCGUAUAGCCAAACCCUUCUCCAUGGAGAAGCUACUGUACCAGAUCGCCACAGCCGAGUCCAAGAGGGACAAUGGCCUUCUCCUCACCACCAUCUCCGCCCUACUCAAAGACCUCAGGAACAUAGAGAUGCGCCAACGGCAGGAACUUUACAAGGCGGGUCUGCUCUCCUCUGCCCGCUACGGCACCCAUGAUGGCAGCCUGGGGCCUGGUGAGGGACGCAAGAAGCCCCGCGGCAAAUGGCUGGCACUGGAGUCCUCAGAGAGACGCUGUCAGAUCUGUCAGCAUCUCUGCUACUUGUCCAUGGUGGUUCAGGAGACUGACAAUGUGGUCUUCUGUCUGGAGUGUGCCCUGCGCUAUGUGGAGAAGCACAAGUCCUGCAGAGGCCUUAAGAUGAUGUACCGAUACGAUGAGGAACAAAUCAACAGUUUGGUGAACCAGGUGUGUGGCCGGGCCAUGUUAAAGAGUGGUGGCGGCGGUGGCGGUGCAGUCGUUGUCGGAGCAGGAGGAGGGGACCCUUGCCACGGCCUCAGCCCUGCCAAAGCAUCGCCGGCCAAGCGAGGUCCCCGAAAGCGCGCCACCGUGGAGGUGUCCCUGGCACGCCUGUCCUCCAGCCACAUCCCCAAGGCUGCGGCUGUGUCCUGAGGAGAUGCCUCAACAUCGUCACCCUGUGCGCUGUGCCCAUAUCCCGCCCCCAACCCUCCCAGACUCCCUCGAUUUUUUACAUUAAGCAGGAUCACUAUCAAUCCCUCCUCCACCACCCCAUAUUUAAGAUCUGUUGUUUUUUAGCUUUGAAAAUCCCCUCACCUGACCUCAGCCCCCUCCCCAUCCUUCUCCAAAAGAUAUUCACCUCCCCCCUUAGAAUGACAGGCUUGUUUAUAAAAAAGAAAAAAAGAAAAGCAAGAUGUCUUUUUUGCACUAGUGUGAAAGAAGAAUUUGUUUUUAUUCUUGGAUGAUUUUAGAAUCCCCACCCCCCCUCUUUAAGUCGUCCUUUACAACAUUACAAGCAUUACAAGUUCACAAGAAGACUUGACGGGCCCUGUUGUACUCUUUACCUCCACCCAACCAUCUUCCCUUAACUGAAAUGGGUUACAUUUGUUACCUUUUUCUUGCAUCACUCUUUCCUGCCCUCUUGUCGCCCCUGAGACUGAACCCCAUCCUUUCUCAUCACGCGUCACUCAACUGUGAACAUGGGACGAAUGAAAAGGCGGCCUUUUUUUUUUCUCCCCGGUUUUCUGAAAUGAAAAUGACAUCAAGUAGUUACCCAAAGUUUCUCUCUGUCCUUGGUUUGAGGAAGAGGGGUCCUUUUUUAUUGUUUAUUGAUUUUUAUUAUUUCUUGAUGCAGCUGCAUUGUUUUAAAAAAAAAAAAAAAGGGGGGGGGGGGGGGUUGGCGACGCGAGGUAAAAACUUGAAAGACAGACGAUGUUGGUUUAUUGUUGGUUAGCUAUGUUUUUUCAACAUCUAUUUUGAAUUUUAGCUUUGUUUUUGCUAGGUUUUUUGCGAGAAGUCUUCUGUGUAAUUUUUUUUUUUUUUUUGUCAUUGUGGAUGUUUCUGUUCGUUGGUGGAUGUGAGAGGGGGCAGAGCUACAGCUGCUUGACCUGUGAAAGGUCACCGCUCACCUCACUUCCUGGUAGUAUGGAGGGAUUCCUCCUUCGCUAGCAAGUGAAAACUGUGCCUGAUACUUAGCGAGGAGAUCCAUUUUAUUGGUGCUGUUGGUUAUAAUUACUGUAUAACAACACAAAUUAAAAUCUGGGGGUUAGCGCCUGCUAUCAGCUAACAGCUAGCUCGCGCAACCCCCACCCCACAGGGCAGAAAGGCUUUCAGGCUUUUCUGGUUCUAGAUGUGCAAUCGUGUUAACAUUCCAUUCUUCCAGUCCUCUUGUUUCAUCUGUACCAGUAAACAUUAAUUAUUAUAUUAUAUUAUUAUUAUUAUUUUGUGUUUUUUACUUUUGUUGAUCUGAUGUUAUCUCAAGUAGAGCCACUAGUCAAAGAGUGUAAAAUGUGAAAUAUCAAAUCCAAGUUUUGUUUUUUUUUUUUUUUUCUUUUGUCUUUUGUUUUUUGGCUUUUG